GCGGGCUAGGACCGCUCGAUAGAAAAAAGGCUCUGGAGGGGUUUAACCUCGUUUACACACUAGUUCGCCAUCAUGUCGAAAAACUGCAUGAUAACAUUCGACCAGAAUGAACACGGCACCUACUUCACCGGCCAAGUGAUAACCGGCAAGGUGAUUGUCAAUCUGAACAAGACCAAGAAAUUGCGAGGAAUCAAACUGCAGAUCAGUGGCUAUGCCCAGGCACAGUGGCGAGUUCGGAGACAUGGCCGUGCUGUGGCCAUACAAAAUCCCAAGAAGCGGAUGAAGCACCAGUUUAGUGGUCGAGAGGACUAUAUAGCCUCUACCACUUACCUCAUGGGCUCUGAACAGGGCAGCAACUUCAAUAUGGAUGCUGGAACGUACACCUACACUUUCGCCUGUCCCAUUCCCAGUCACUGUCCAUCGUCCUUCGAGGGUGCCAACGGACAUAUCCGGUAUUUGGCAAAGGUUACCUUCCUUAAGCCAGGAGCAUCUAAUCGCACUCACAACGUGGGCUUCACAGUGCUGAAACUGUUGGACCUAAACCAAGAGAGCAAGAUGCUCCGGGAACCAGCGACCAAUGAGGCAAUUGAAUACUUCUGUUUUAUGCACACUAAGCCUGUGGAGGUGAAGGUCACUCUGCAGCAGCAGGGCUAUGUCCCGGGUCAGUUUAUGCUGGUCCACGCCCACGUACGAAAUGAUUCCAGCUCCGAUUGCCGGAAACUCUUGAUCAUGCUCCACCUGCGGGCAACUUACACGGCAGACCAGCCUUCGCUGCGAACCACUUCCGAGAAGAUUAUGCUGGUGAAACGCGAGUGCGGACCGGUGCCCCAUCAUGGUCAGAGGACCUAUACGGAAUCCUUAAGGAUUCCGGCUACGGCACCCACCUGUGAACACCUUAGCAAGGUGGUCCGCGUGUCCUAUGAAGUGCGCGUAGUGGCUGUGAUGAACUGGCUGAUGUCCAAUCCUCGGGUUGUCAUCCCCGUAACCAUUGGCAAUGUACCGCUGGCCACUGCGGUUUCGGGACCGGACUUCCUGCCAGCCAACGCCAUUUCUGCUGGAAGCCAGCCAGCUGGUCUGCCAGCCGACUUACCCUGCACCUCUACGAGGGCAAUGGAACUCGUCCGAAUGGCCAGUAGCGGAGUAAACAACUCCGCCUACGAGAUGAGCGAGGAUCUUGAGGACUUCGAGCUGCCGGAGGAUGGAGACGAUGAACUGGAGGAGGCUGACGAUUUUGUACCAGAUUUACCUCCCCCAACAUACGAGCAGGCCAUGUUCAUGACCGCUGAUAUUGCGGACACGGAUGCCAAUACCGUCAGUGAGGCCUCCCAGUUCACUCCCCGCUACCCAGUCUUUGAUGUGGACACUUUCCAGAGCCCGCCGCCAAAUCCUCCGCAGAAGAAACGGCGUCGACGCCGCAGACGACCCGCAGAACCUGGCCAGACGAAGCAACGUCAGGAGAAACAGCCCGUGGAGUCGCCCGUGCAGAUUUGAGGCGUUUAUCGCGCAAAAUCACGACUAUAUCUUAUCACGGCAGUAUUUAUUUCUUUUGCGGUCCACCAGUUGUACUAACCAAAAUGUUUAUACGUAUAUCUACACAUACCUACGGAUUGGUAAAUAAACAAACAAGAAUAUAAAA